UGAAAGGUGUGCGUGAGUACAUCAUGAAAAUGCGAGAUAUUUCAGCUCAACUUAAGAAACUAGAGGUUGAUAUGUCUGAGUCCUUCCUAGUGCAUUUCAUUUUGAACACCCUUCCGCAUGAAUAUGGGCCAUUUAAGAUUUCCUACAACACACAUAAAGAUAAAUGGUCUAUCAAUGAAUUAAUGACCAUGUGUGUUCAGGAAGAAGAAAGGCUUGUAAUGGAGAUGGGUGAGAGUGCACUACUGACUACUGCUUAUGGGAAGAACAAAGCAAUUAAGUCUCAAGCUUAUCAGAAGGGGAAUGGUAAAAUACCACCUCAAGCUGAUAUUAAGAAGGUGGCAAAGUGUUUCUUUUGCAAGAAGAAGGGACACAUGAAAAAGAAUUGCCCCGGAUUCCAGAAAUGGCUUGAGAAGAAAGGGUAUGCAAAACCUAAGGAAACCAGUGGGAAGUGAGCAAAGCAUUUUAUCAGGC